AAAUUUUUGGGGGCGAAAAUCCGUCAGAAAAUUUGAAACGAGGGUGAGCAGUGAGCUCCCUCUCUAGGGUUUUGGAAGAGGGUUCACCGUUUUCCACCCCCAAAAUCAAGUAUCUGAACCAGUACCUCAAGUGGUUUACCACUAUCACGAAGCAAUUGCAGAAUCACAAUGGCGUUUUCGCUGUUCUCAACUCCGCAACCACAGCAGUCAUUUCAACCGCAGCCUCAAUCACAACCGCAACUUUUUCAGCAGAGCAGCCCAUUAUUCUCCCAGCAGCAGCCUCAACAAUUUCAACUGCAACAGCAGCAGCAGCAGCAACAACAACAACAGCUGCAGUUAAUGCAGCAGCAGCAAAAGCAGCAGCAGUUGUUCAUCUUUACCAACGAUAACGCUCCUGCAAGUUAUGGUACCAAGUGGGCGGAUCUCCAUCCCGAUUCGCAGAAAAUUCUCCUUCAGAUCGAGGAACGAAUCUUGGAGUAUCGGGAUGAAAGUCAGAGGCUGGAUCAGUGUAGUCGCCUCUAUGAUUCUUCAGUUUCUAGCGAUGGAUUUGAGCAUGAUGCCAGUCGAAUUGUUCAGGAACUUGGGGGAAUUAGUACCUCUACAGAACAUCAAAAAGUUUUGCUUCAAGAGCUAAUGACUGCUGCAAAAGGGAUGCUUUGUAAUACAGAAGUUGCUAUUCGCUCUUUCAUGAUGAUACGCCCAAGGUUCCUUCAUCAGAGUGCAGGAGGUGCUUCAAAUCCCACUGCACCAUCACAGGUUCCUGGAGCACCAUCACCAUUAGGAUCUAGUGGUCAACCAACAUCUACAUCAAUUGUUCCAGUUUUUGACUUUUACAGUGGCCUCCCAAGAAAACCAUCUCCAUUUUUGGAGCAAACAGUUUCGAGAUUUGAGAAGUAUCUUGGUGAAUGCCGACAGUGGAUCGAAGAGAUAGAGCAACUCCUUGUCCUAGAUUCUAAUCGAAGUGCUUCCAAUUCUAGCUCAUUGUUUCAUUCGCUUCCUAAAAUCAUGUCAAAUGUGCAUGAAUUCUUUGUUCAUGUGGCUGCUAAGGUUGAGAAUAUUCACCAGUACAUCGAAUCAAUGAAAGCAGCUUAUCUUGCUGAUCAGCGUCGCAGAGGGGAUGGAAAUGAUCCAUUUCUUGAGGCUGAUCGAAGGGAAACUGCACGCCAAGAAGCAGCAGCUAAGAGGGUACAUCCAACUUUACAUCUGCCUGCAAAUUUACAACCAUCUACUCAAGCUGCUGGAUUGCUUGCAAGCUCAGGUAAUCAAGGUGCAUCAACAGUACCACAAUCGUUUACAGUAGCUACACCAGCUUCUUCUGGGGGUGGAUUGUCACUUUUUAGUACACCCUCUGCUCCAUCUACUGCAUCAUCUUCUCUGUUCAUGACACCAACCGCAUCUGUUCAAACAUCCUCUCUAUUUAGUUCGUCUGGUGCAACAGCUCCCACAACACUUUUUGGCUCGUCAUCAGCACCAUUAUUUAGUGCUUCUACUACUACUCCCUUUGGUAGUACUGCACCAUCUUUUGGUCAAUCUGCUUCUGCAGGAAGUUCCUUAUUCUCAACACCCUUUGCCUCAGGUGCUGCGACAGGAUCUGGGGCUAGCUUUGGGGCAACUUCGAAAUCGUCAAAGCCAAAAUCCCGAACUGCACGACGCUACUGAAUGACCAUGUAAGACUAUUACAACUGAUGAAGAAAAUAGCAAAGGAUUACAAGAAGCAUCGGCAUAUCUCCAUGGAAGGGCCAAGUUUCUCAGCCAUCGACAGUCUAGAUCAGAUUAUUCUACAGGCAGCAAAGCCUAAAGGUAUCUGCGAACCUUUCUUGCAAAGUUGAAGGAAAUUGGCUUGUCUUCUCAAAUACUGCUCUGUCACAUUGUUUUCUGAAAAAGAGAACAUUCGGCUUCAGCUCACUGUUUUCUGAAAGAGGGCUGAGAUCACAUGAGAAUUCUGUAACUCUGUAGAAUACAACAUAGUUAGGGUAGGAUGUCUUUUUAUGAAAACUCAAAGAAGAAAACUUGUUUUUUCUCGUGAUGCAAUCGAUCUAUCCUCCCUUUUGCCUUGAUUUCGGCUUCUUGAUUUAUAUUCCCAAUCACCCUAAUGUUGUCAUCUUUAGUGGCCUGCUGUACAAAAAAUUUGACUUGCAGUUUCAGGAAACAAGAAUAUGCCCAAGUGGGAGGGAGCCGUUAUAAUUCACAAAAGCUCGAGAGUUGGAUGUUCUUCUUGAACUAGUGGUUGCCUCACAGCCGCUCAUCAGGAACGGGCAAGUGUUGAACUUGAAACAUUUUAUGAUGGG